CAAAGAAGCGAUGCUUCAUUAAAUGACAUUUCUUGCAGAAAACCAUAAGUACUGAUGAAUUUUCAUAAAAACACAGCAUAAAAACUUAAAAAUUAAUAAAUUUUUAAGAAAAAACUAAAUAAUGGAUAUAAAUGAAAAGGUUGAAGAACUGGUAAAAAUAACGGCUGCUUUAAAAAAUGAAGUUAACGAAUUAAAAGGCAAAGAUGUAAAUAUACGAUUAGAUGAAUUGGAAGCAGAGCAGGAGGCUCUCAAAAAUGAUAUACUGGAUUUAAGGCAUUCGUUAAUGCAGCAAAAUGAACUAAUUUUAUCGUUUAUAAGACAACAGAAUGACAAGCUGAUGGAGACAAUAGAGGCAGACAAAUUAGCACCUCAAUUGGUGUUUACUAGGAAAAUAUCACAAUAUUCUAAAUUAUUUCCCAUUAAAUCUUUAAAAGAAUUAGAUGCUUUGGACGCCUUAAUAAAUGAUAAUAAUGUUAAUGAACUGAUUGCUGUUGUCCAUCAGCUCUUGGCACCCCAUGGCAUUGUUAAAAAUAUUGUAACGGUUAUGUCAGUUGAAUGUAUUAUGGAAUGUAAUGUUGAUGGACAUCAUAAUAAGAGACGUUUAUUAAAUAGUAAAAAAUUUAUGGAUUUACUGUUUCAAGCUGCCUAUUAUGAUGGUUAUAGUCAUAAAAUGUUUUUGGAACAUGUACGUCGUGGUUUUAAAAUGGUGAAAAAUCGUCAUAAUAAAAAUUUAUGUCGUCACCGUCAAAUGGAACGUCAAAGACGGGAACAACUGAGUGUCAAUGAUUCGCUAGAGGUCGAUGAAAUACCCGAAGAUUUUAUAAAAACAGAAGAAAUAUAUUUUGAAUGAAAUUCAAA